ACUCCCAGCGGCCCCCGCGGCACCACUCGACGCCUGCGCAGUGUCUGCGCCCUCUGAUCCCGGAUGUGUGAGGGGACACGUUGGAGACCAGAGGAAGGAGCUGAAAAUGGCAGAUGGGGAAAGGAUGGGAAUGAAAAGCAAGAGGAUCCUGGUGACCGGAGGCUCAGGUUUGGUUGGUAAAGCCAUUGAGCAGCUGGUGACAGAGGGCGAGGGACAAGCAGACGAGGAGUGGAUCUUCCUGUCUUCAAAGGAUGCGGAUUUAACAAAUGCUGCAGAAACCAGUGCAUUGUUCGCUAAAUACCAGCCCACACACGUCAUUCACCUGGCAGCCAUGGUGGGUGGACUCUUCCGGAACAUGAAAUACAACCUGGAUUUCUGGAGGAACAAUGUUCACAUGAACGACAAUGUGCUGCAUUCUGCUCACCUGCACGGAGUUACAAAGGUCGUCUCCUGCCUCUCGACCUGCAUCUUCCCAGACAAGACCAGCUAUCCUAUUGAUGAAACAAUGAUCCACAAUGGGCCCCCACACCGUUCAAACUUUGGAUAUUCAUAUGCAAAGCGAAUGAUUGAUGUGCAGAACCGUGCCUACUCUGAGCAACAUGAGCGUAUGUUCACAUCCGUGAUCCCCACCAACGUAUUCGGAAAAUAUGACAAUUUUAAUAUCGAGGAUGGUCACGUUCUGCCUGGACUGAUUCACAAGACGUACCUGGCACAGAGAAAUGGCACAGCGCUGGAGGUGUGGGGAUCAGGCAAACCCAAGAGGCAGUUUAUAUACUCUUUGGAUUUGGCCCGUCUCUUCCUCUGGGUUUUGAGAGAGUAUGAAGAGAUUGAGCCCAUCAUUCUGUCAGUGGGUGAGGAAGAUGAAGUGUCCAUAAAAGAGGCAGCGGAGAGCAUCGUGACAGCGAUGGGCUUCAAGGGGGAAGUCACUUUUGACACCAGCAAAUCUGAUGGGCAGUACAAGAAGACAGCGAGUAACAGCAAGUUGAGGAAAUACCUACCAGACUUCAAGUUUACCCCCUUCAGCCAAGCUAUCAAGGAGACCUGCAAUUGGUUUGUGGCCAAUUAUGAGCUGGCAAGGAAGUGAGGAGAUGGAGAGUGAUCAAACGUCAGACCAUGGAACUGCAGCCACAGUCAAACAUGCACACGAUGAUUAUGGGGUUGGGUUGAAAGUAGAUAUCCUGAGGAUUGGCUGUUAUCAGUCUCACUAAUCAAAAACAAUUCUUUGCCAUUUCCAAUUCAAUGUUUUCCUCUCUCUGUGCAGUAUUUUCUGAUCCUCGCUGAGGCUUUGGCAGUGAAGAUGGUCCCAUCGUUGCAGCAAGCUGCUGCUGACCCUGUGAAAGCCAGGGAAUGAUGGUGGAUGUGCAAGUGAUGUUGUAAUUCAGCCCAGUAUGGGAGCAAAUGGUUUAAUUUUUUGUGAAAUGAGUCACUUUGUUACCAGUUUCUAAUUGUCCUUGACUUAACUCUAUAUCUAUAAUUUACUUGUGUAGGUGCUAAGCACUGAGCCACUAUGCUGCCUAUGUAAAGAUGGCAGAUUUCCUUCCUGAGAGAACAUUAGUGAAACAGCCUUAUAACUAGCUGCUGUGAUGGAAUUCUAACCAGUUUCUCCAAAACAGUAGCUCAGAUGUAGGAGCUACCAGUCCAGGGACAUUUCUACCCUCUCUCCCACUGGUGACAUUGUUCUUUCGUCUAUCAUAAAAUUGGUCUUUGAAAAUAAUUUGUGUAUUCCCUCUUAGGGUAUUUUUCCAGAUUAUAGACAUUGCUGCAAAUUAUUUUGGUCAUGGUGACCAACUUUCUUUGUUAGCUAUAAUAAAAAUGAAUUACACUAA